AUGACAGACACAUACGACACAUACGACCCUGAAAAGAUUCGACUCUCCGACGAACCUGUUCAGGUCCGGAUCGCCUUGCGCCCCAUUGCACCUCCUGCAGCUCUGGGACUUGCAGGUUUCGCCGGCUCGACGCUCAUUGUCAGCACAUGGAUUUGUCGGUGGUGGGGCGGGCCCGACAGCCCUGUGCUAUUCUUCCCGUUCAUUGGGCUCUGGGGAGGACUCGCGCAGUUCAUAGCUGGCAUCUACGGCUUCGCUGCCAGAGACGUCUUGGUGACGAUUGUCAACACCAUGUGGGGGUGCUUUUGGAUGUCGCAGGGAAUUUUGUUCGGGUUGGUCGGCGUGGGAGCAAUUGAAGGCCACAGCGUAUACACUCACUAUCCCGAAUUCGCAGCCUGGUUCAUUCCUCUUACUAUGACCACCUGGGUUUGCGCGCUGGCAGCCACGGCUCGAGAUCUCAUCCUCUCUUUGACCCUGUUCACGCUGUCCAUUGGCUGCACCAUUGCGCUUACAUUGUUUGCCUAUGACCCCGACACCACUCGCGCUGGUAUCAAGGCAGCUGCAUACUUUUGGAUGGCGUCGGCAAUGCUGGCAUGGUGGCGAUCUUCAGUGUUUGUGAUAGAGGAGGCCUAUGGCAAAACCAAUCUAGUCAAAGUUUUCAGGAUCGGAAGAACCGCCGCUGAAAAAUCCUCGCUGCCCAUCGUGGCAGGUCUUGGAGAGCCUGGUGUCAAGCCAGGGCUGCCGAGGAUCAAGAAACAGUGA